AUGGCGACGCGGAAACAACGGGAGAAACGACCAACUGGCGGGAAACGAGCUAGGGCCGGCGGAGAGGGGCGGACGCCGGCAUAUGCGUUAAGGCCACCACACUGCGCGCUCACCGACAUCACGCAAAAGGCCAACACCAGUCUGGUCACCCAAGGAUGGGUCGGUGAUAAGCCGUGCCAGGUGACAGUGGACACUGGAGCAUACGUCACGGUAGUAAGACGGGAUAUCGCAGCCGGAAGUCCUGAAAAACAGCCAAAUCCAGAUUUCACGCAGCAGACCGUGUCUGGUGGAUUCCUACCCGUCCUGAAAGAAGUUCUGUUGACCCUUAUCAUGGGGCGCCAACCGAUAACAAUGUGGGUUUUCGUCGCGAAUAUCACCGAUGAGCUCAUCCUGGGACUGCACAUACUGCGCGCCUAUGAUGCGUCAGUGGAUAUAGGGCGCCAAACUCAGCGUCUGGCGGAAGAAGAAUUAUCAUUAUGGAGUCCUGGGGCGGGACCCCGUCCUUCUAGCCUAGUAGAUGCAAAGGACAAUGUGAACCCCGCACAGAGCGAGGGAAUAGUGAUGGCUAAAAUGGAGAAUCAUCUGGGAGUAGAAAAUGGUCUAGUAGAACCAAGCCCCCAGGCUCAACCGACGGAAGGAAUAUACGUAGUCAGGACCCUAGUUCAGGACUGUCAAGAAGUACCAGUGAGGGUCAUGAAUGUUACCCACAAGGACCAAAAUCUCAGGAGAGGAUCUCCUUUGGCGCACUGUGAGCCAGUAACACUUGUGACUUUUCCCGAUGUGGGACAGCCAACAGCACCAGGCCGGAAACCGAAAUUGGCGGACGUGACCACGGCGACCAAGCCACACCUAAACGCCAUGGAAUUUCAAGAAUUGGAAGAACUCGUGGCCGAGUACGCAGAUAUCUUCGCACAGGACAACGAAGAUUUUGGAAGGACAAACAAAGUAUAUCACCGCAUAGACACGGGAUAA